AACAUUCAAAUCACUUGAUAGGAAUUUGCUACUAUCACUACUGCAACUAUCAUGGACAGCCAAGCGUUUGCUAUAGAUGACUCUUUUGAUUCCCAUUCUGGUCCUCCCGUCAAGCACCAUAAUGGUCUGAAACUAUCUCCUGCAGAGUCUACUGCAUAUGCCAAACUGUUUAAAAUAGCAGAUGUUGCUGCUACUGGCCUUAUCCUUCCUGCUGCUGCCGUGGCCUUUCUCUCCAAAUCUAGGCUUCCUAAGAACACUCUAGGCUUGAUCUGGUCUUUGUCAGACACUGACAAUCUCGGGGCUUUGGACAGUCCCGCUUUCAAUCGAGCACUCAAAUAUAUUGCUGCUGCUCAAGGAGGCCAUCCAAUCACACCUGAUUCUCUCUCCAUCACAACGGUUUUGCCUGUAUUUGACGGUGUUCAUAUAGAUGUUGCUCCUGCACUUACUUCUCAAACUCACUAUUCUGCAUCAUCACCGCUACUUUCUUCUGAUGUAGGCUCUACUCCUAUGCUGAGUAUUCCUACCCAACUGACAGGAAAUCGCAUGAUGCCACAAAAAACUGGAGAUAGUCUCGUCUUUUCUCCGACUCAAGCAUCCGAUGCACAUAUGACGGUGACCUCGGAAGAACGAGAACGAUUCACUUCCUUUUUUAAUGCAGCCAAUCCAGUUAAUGGUUCCAUUACUGCUCAAGUUGCUCGUGAACUUUUUCUCAAAUCAAAUCUGCCCAUAGAGGCAUUGGGGAAAAUUUGGCAACUGGUUGAUCCCACUGGUUCCGGAAAGCUUCCACUCAAUCAGUUUAUCGUUGCUAUGCAUUUGAUUACUGAAAUGCGUCUCAAUAGACUGGUGGCAGUGCCUACAUCUAUUUCUCCAGCAUUGUGGAAAUCAGCUUCUAUGGCUUUGAAUUCUAGUGCUCCACAGUCUCCCUCUACUUCUGGCGAAGUUUCCUCAUCUAUUACAGCCGCUCCUCGUUCAAACUCCACAUUCUGGGAUACCCAUCAGAAUGCUGGUGGCCAGCCGUUUGGCUUCAAACCAUCUAAUGUUCAGGAGCCAAUCAGUAUGGCACAUGCAAGUCCUACAAGCACGUCAGUCCCUGUUGCGAGAAACUUUAUUGCAAGCACAGAAAGCAUAAUUUCAGAUGCCUUUGUUGUUCCCGAGGAUGAAAAGAAAAAGUUUUUUGCGUUUUUUGAUCAAUUGGAUACUAACAAGCGUGGAUAUCUAACUGGCGAAGAAAGUUCAUCUUUUUUUCUAAAAUCAAGAUUGCCUUCGGCUGAUUUGGCUCAAAUCUGGGAAUAUGUUGAUGUAACCAAGUCUGGAAAAAUCUCUAGAGAUGGAUUUGCUACAGCCAUGUUUUUCAUUUCCAAACGUAUGGCUGGCGGAGAUCUUCCACCCACCAGUAUGAUAAACAUGCCAUUGGCAGUAGACUCAGUAAGAUUAGGCAGCACUACUGAUUUAACCUAUGCACGCGGAACCGCUCCUGCGCUAUUGGACUCAUUUGAUCCUUCUAACUCAGCCCCUGCUUCUGAAUCAGUCGCACAUAUAGCAACCCAGCCUGCGUUUGACUUGUUUGGACCGGAACGCACACUCGAUUCUACCAGCAUGGCUCAGAAUAAUAGCACGGCAUAUUUGAUUCCUCAGAUCCCUGCUGCUGCAUCACAUUAUCGUGAAGCAGCAGAGCGUGAGGCAGAACUUAACCGUCGUAAAGAAGAAGUGACCAGUCUUACUGAGCAGUUAAAACUACUGCAUCCCACAGCAGAGGAACUCAAGAAAAAACGGUCUGAUAUUGAUGCCGAAUAUAAACAAGUCACGGAUGAGAAAAAUAAGCUUACAAUUCAGAUUUCUCAAAUGCGCGCUACCUAUGAGGCCGAGGUGCAGAUUGUUCGUGACAGUCAAAACUUUCUUAUGACUGAAGUACAAAGACUUGAAUCAAGCAAACUCGAACUAAACCAAAUUGAAAAGGCAGUUGCAUCCAUUAAAGUUGAAAAAACCAACCUUUCUGAACAAGCAGCCCGCUACCAACAGGAAAUAUCUGAAUCUAAAAAGAAUAUUCAAAUUCUGACGGAAGAAACGAACCAAUGGCGAACUGAAUUGGAAAAACUUCGUGUCGAUUCUCGCCAGCAACAGCAGCUUGCUGAUCUCAAUCAAAAACUGCUGCUUAGUGCACAAAUUGAAAACCAUCAAUUCAAAAUGGAUCUGGCUCAAGAACGCGAACGGCUUGAGCAUGCCAAACAAAAGGCUGUACAAUUUCAGCAACAAGCCUCGGUUCUUCAGGCUAUCAAUCAAAAGGAGUUGGCCCAAAUCAAGGCAGCCGAACAGCAGCGAAUUCAUGAGGUGUCUCAAUCACAAGACCUGCUUGCUGCUACUACUGCCAUCAAAGACCUCGCUCCUGCUGCUGCACCUCUUGUUCCUUCGUUGGCAUCCAAACCUAUUAAAGGUGAGCCUUUUUCUACCUUGGUCUCAGACUCUGUUGUUCACAACUCUGAUAAAUUAAAAGCGACUCGUUCCCUAUCUGGCUCAUCAACGUCUCCAGUGUCGAUGGCAGAUCCGCAGUCCGUUGUUACACGAAAAUCUCAAGAUGAAUUUCGUGUAAAGGAUACUAGUGAGCCAAAUGAUAUAUUUACAUCCAACAUGCCAAAACCAAAUGACUCUGAAUCCGGAAACUCGUCAGCUAAAUCUAUCCAGUCAAUGCAUGCAGGUGCUACUUCGGUAAUCAAAGAGCACUCUAUUCCUAUUUCAAAAUCUGUCAGCGCAUCGCCACAGUUUGUAUUCGGAGAACCACAGGCUACUAGUCCAGUCAUUUCUCAAAUAUCUUCUACAUUGCCUGUACAAUCCGUCACUUCGACCUCAUUGCCAGCCUCUGCGACCACUGCCUUUCCUUCCAGUUUUGAUGAUGUCUUUGGCCCAGCUUCUGUCGCUAUUCCUGCUUCUAAAUCAGCCACGUCUUUUGGUUUGGCUCAUAGUGCUACAACUACCGUCGCUCCACAUGCAAAUAGUCCGGCCAGUGAUCCUGCAAAACUGUUACUGACAUCUUCAGCAAGCUCAAGUGCUAAAAAAGCAGCUACAAGUCUUCAAAAUUUUGAUAUUGAUGCCGAGUUUCAAAAUGCUUUUUCUGGAGAUAAACGCCUUAAUGCUGCCCGCGACUCGAGCACAGUUCAAUCUAUUCAUCAAGGUAUUUCACGAGUAAAGCCAAAUGACUUUUCGGCGGAUGCAUUCACGUUUGAUGCAUCCUUUUCUGACGCUAAGCCUAUCCGAUCCAACACCCCGUCUUCUAAGCUCAACUUUGAGACUGUAUUUGAUGCACCAUUGAGUUCCACGAGUGUAAAAUCCAUUGGGAACGCUUUACCUAUCACCUCAGCAACCAAAGAUUUUGGUCCAGUAGAUUUUGGUAAUGCAUCAGAUCCAGUUGGGAUGGCCAACUCUGCUGCAAGCACCACUGUUGCCUCUUUUUCCACUAAGGCUGGGGGCUCUGCGUCGUCUACUGUACCCACAAGUGUGCUUGCUGAACAUACUGCUAAAGGUUUUGAUGAAGAUCCUUUUGGUGCUGUUGAUUUUAACAAGGCACUUUCUUUACCCCAUACAUAAAUUACUUUUUGAUUUGACAGCUUGAUUAAAACAAUUCUUAUAAGCGAGUGGACAGUCUGUUUUUGAGUCUAAUUGAAUAGUGACAAUCUCACUUGUCUAUUUAAAAGUCAUGUUUGAAAUAUAGUGAAACUAUGCUCCGCUGAUUUUUACCCGAGUAAACUAUCUAAAACGUUUGUAAUG